AUGGCGUCGCAACAGAUUCUCUUUGCCGAAACCAUAGCGGGUAUGAAGAAAGCAUUCAAAAGGAAAUCAUAUGAAUCCGACUCAGACUCCGAGAUCGAAAGCUAUAGCAAUCGCGGGAACAAGCUCAAAAAGCAGGCACGGUUUGCCCGUCAGGGGCAAUUGGUCCCAAAUAAUGGCCCAAGUUCGUAUAAAGAGUAUGUCGAAUACGGUGGUGUCCGACGCCCGAUCCUAUAUCGCAAUCCCCCAUUAGUCGACGAGGAAGGAUACGAAAUAGAUAGCGACGAUGAAGAUGAGGAGCGCGUUCAAGAAGCAGAGGCCUCAGCGGCAGAGAUGAACCCUUACGCCAACAUACAAAUAGAGAAUAUCCUUGCUCCACUUACUGCAUCAACCGCGUUACCGACACACCCGACCCUAUCGAAGCCCUUCACGUCCAAAACCCUGACUCGACUUGUUGACCAAAGUUGCGACAUAAUGCGCAAGGAAAACCGGUCUCUGUGGAGAGUCAGACAUCUCCUGACAUCGCUCUGCGGCGACUACACAUGGGUCCCAUGCGAAAUGAUGGUUCGUCCGGCAGAUGUUGAGCUCUAUACAGACAACCACACAGCGCAACAUUUGUUGGCGCUAUCCCAGGCGAUAUCGGCGCUUCCCAGAAUCACCAACGGCGCCGCACAACAGGCCAGCGGUGUCGAACAAGCAAAUGCUGUACCAGACACAACAUUCGAUGGCGAGCCCACGGAUAAGGACCCAGCAGAGGAUGCCGAUAUAACCAUGACGGACGCUGGAACUGCCGACCCAGAUGAUUCUCUCGUAGAGGAUGCCGACGAUAACGCAAAGGUUGAGGCCGAGAAGGACGGUGCCGGAACGGCUUCGAAUAUGCACAAUGGCGAGCAGUUACCAGCUGCACAGACCGAUAAAAGAGAUUCCAUGGGUGAAGCGACAAACGGGGUCAAUGACCAUACAAACGAACAAGGGACGAAUGAGAUCGAGGUGACCAGAGCUGAGGCCACUGCGAAACCUUCAGGCAGCGAUGCACAUCAACAAACGGAAUCGGCUGAGACAAUACGUGCAGAUGUGUCCAUGAUAUCCGACGGGGACGAUGACUUCAUACAUCCCAUGUUUCUUGCACCUUCAGGAGCAAGACCAGAUCGAGACAUCGGUUUGCCGGACCAAGAAGCGGAAGAUAUUCGACGAUUACUAGCUCUCUACGUGCAGAAGCAGGAAGAGGUGUGUAGAGGGGCAAAGAGGCUGUUUCUAGGACUCCUCAAAGCCGAGCAGAUGCGGAAGAAUGUACUCCACUGGUCCAAGGCAGAAGCUCAUUCAGGGCUUAACCGAGACAUGUCGGACGGGGAAGAUUGGUACGACAAGGAGGAAUGGGGUCUCACAGAAGACCUCAAAAAGGGGCAGGAUGAAGAGGAAGAAGAUGUGCAGACAACUGGUAAAAAGACGAGAAACCGACGUCAAUAG